UUAAUGGCCGCAGUUCGUGUACGGAUCUGCUCUCAUUGUUUACAUUUUUAAUGAUUUAUUCACCCUGUUUCCGAGACUGUCAUCGGCAAAGUAUAAUUCCUAAACUUGAAAUGAUGGCAAAUAUCAACAAACCGAUGUGACAAGCCCAUAUUUGAGACAACAUUUAAUGCAGUCUUGCCUCGAACUAGCACUGGAUGCUAACUGUCUCAGCUCCAUUCUUCAUGUAUCGCUUCUUUAUCCAAAGAUGACCAGUUAGUUAGUUUACCAGGUUUACCUGCUGCUUGGACCCCAAAGACAACAACAUGACUGUGGAGGUAUAGCACCAGGCGAGCCUUCAGGCCCAGACAACACCUUAUCCGAGAACUUUCGCAGGGUGCACAAUGUUUGGGGCAUCUCAAAGCGCCAAGUCGGAAUUCCUGGAUAAAGCCAGACAGGCGAGAGAGGAGAGGAAAGGUCAGAAGGACAAGGAGAGAGCAGCAGUCCACAUCCAAUCCCUGAUCAGAAGAUUUCUAUGUCGCUGCAGGCUGCAGAAAGAAAUAAGGAAAGAAGUAGAUGACUAUUUUCAGGCUUCUGCUGCAACAUCAAAAAGAAAUGCACUCUCACUUUUUAAAAUUGCUCGUAAAUUACUGUUCGUUUUUCACCAGGAGGACAAGGCGAGGUUUGAGAAGCUGUGCAGGGCUAUUCUUACCAGCAUGGAGGUUGAAAAUGAGCCUAAAGUCUGGUAUGUGUCGUUGGCGCUCUCCAAAGACCUCACAAUCCCUUGGUUGAAACAGAUUAAAGAUGUGCUGUGGACCUGCUGUCAACUACUGAAGAGCUUAAAACCUGACAUACUACAGGACAGCAAAUUGGUAACGCUGUACCUCACCAUGCUGGUCACCUUCACAGACACGUCAACAUGGCGGAUCGUCAGAGGGAAGGGAGAAGCUCUCCGACCUGCAUUGACGAGAAUUUGUGAGAACAUCAUGGGUUAUCUCAAUCAAAAGGGAUUCUAUUCAACUCUGCAGAUUUUGUUGACCAACGGCUUGGCUCGCUCUAAACCGUCUCUCUCCAAAGGCACUUUAACAGCUAUCUUAACUCUGUCACUAAGGCCAGUCAUCGCUGCUCACUUCUCAGAUAACCUGCUCAGAUCAUUCCUCCUUCACAUCAUGUCAGUUCCAGCUGUGGUUUCGCACCUCUGUGUGCUCACUCCAGAGUGUAUAGCAUCAUUCCAGACACACAACCUUUUAAGGAAGUUCAUCCUGUUUCUCAGCCGUGAGGAGCAGUGUUCUGAUAUAUGCGUGUGUCUAGAGGGGAGCCACACACUGUGCUUGCUUGGAAACCUGAUUCACUUGGGCUUCCUUAAUGAGCGAGUCAUAGAGGAGGAGGCCAAUCACUUAGUAAAGGACCUAACUGACAUGCUGUCCUACUGCCAGAGAUAUGUGUCCCAAAAGAAGUCCAACCUCACCCACUGGCACCCUGUUCUGGGCUGGUUCUCACAAACUGUAGACUAUGGUCUGAACGAAUCAAUGCCACUGGUUACCAAGCAGCUGCAGUAUCUGUGGGGCGUUCCUGUCAUUCGGACUCUCUUCAGUGACGUCCUCUCGAAGAAGUUGGAGAGUCAGGAACCCACUCCCUCACCUCCACAACCUAGCACGUCGCAAAACAAUCUACCAGUUAAAAGCCUCUUCAAGCGAGCAUUUCAGAAGUCUACUUCUGUACGAAACAUCUUGAAGCCAGUGGGUGGAAAGCGAGUGGACUCGGCUGAAGUUCAGAAAGUGUGCAGCAUCUGUGUGCUCUACCAGACUGCUCUGUCCACACUGACACAAAUACGCCUUCAGAUACUCACUGGUCUGACGCACCUUGACGAUCUCCUGCCCAAGUUGUGGGCCUUCAUCUGUGAGCUUGGUCCACAGGGAGGCCUCAAACUCUUCAUGGAAUGUCUCAACAAUGACACUGAAGAGUCCAAGCAGCUCCUGGCUAUGCUCAUGCUCUUCUGUGACUGUUCACGGCACCUCAUCACAAUCCUGGACGACAUUGAAGUUUAUGAGGAACAGACCUCCUUCAAGAUAGAGGAGCUCCUGACUAUCUCUUCUUUUCUGAACACAUUUGUGUACAAAAUGAUAUGGGAUGGUAUCCUAGAGAACGCAAAAGGGGAGAAACUGGAGCUAUUCCACAGUGUUCACGGAUGGUUGAUGGUGCUUUAUGAACGUGACUGCAGGCGAAGAUUUACCCCAGAUGACCACUGGUUACGCAAGGACUUAAAGCCCAGUUUGUUGUUUCAAGAGCUUGAGAAAGGCAAGAAAAGAGCUCAGCUGUUACUGCAAUACAUUCCACACGUGAUUCCUCAUAAAAAUAGGGUGCUGCUGUUCAGGAACAUUGUCACGAAGGAGAAAGAGAGUCUUGGGCUGGUAGAAACCAGCUCCGCCUCGCCGCAUGUCACACAUAUUACUAUUCGCCGCUCACGCAUGUUAGAGGAUGGAUACGAUCAACUUCGCCGCUUACCUGUGAAUUCAAUAAAAGGCGUCAUUCGAGUAAAGUUUGUGAAUGACCUGGGAGUGGACGAAGCUGGUAUUGAUCAGGACGGUGUCUUUAAAGAGUUUCUAGAAGAAAUCAUUAAGAAAGUUUUCAACCCUGCUCUCAACCUCUUCAAGACAACAAGUGGAAAUGAGAGGCUGUAUCCUUCACCUACUUCCUACAUCCAUGAGAAUCAUCUGCAGCUCUUUGAAUUUGUGGGGAAGAUGUUAGGGAAAGCCAUAUACGAGGGUAUUGUUGUGGACGUCCCUUUUGCGUCCUUUUUCCUCAGUCAAGUAUUGGGUCACCACCACAGCACUUUCUAUAGCUCCAUUGAUGAGCUGCCCUCACUGGACUCUGAGUUUUACAAGAACCUCACUUCCAUUAAGCGCUAUGAUGGAGAUGUAGGGGAUCUGGGACUCACAUUAUCAUAUGAUGAAGACGUUAUGGGGCAGCUAGUUUGUCAUGAAUUGAUACCUGGAGGAAAGACCAUACCAGUCACCAAUGAAAACAAGAUCAGCUACAUCCACCUCAUGGCUCACUUCCGGAUGCACACACAGAUUAAGGAGCAAACUGCGGCUUUCAUCCGGGGCUUUCGUAGCAUCAUCAACCCGGAAUGGCUGCACAUGUUUUCUACACCCGAGGUUCAGCGUCUUGUCUCAGGAGACAAUGCUGAGAUUGACUUGGAUGACCUUAAGAAGCACACAGUCUACUAUGGAGGUUUUCAUAGCAGCCAUCGUGUCAUCAUCUGGCUGUGGGACAUCCUGUCGAGUGACUUCACUGCUGAGGAAAGGGCAAUGUUCCUGAAAUUUGUUACCAGCUGCUCAAGACCUCCUCUCCUAGGGUUUGCCUACCUCAAGCCACCUUUUUCAAUUCGUUGUGUGGAAGUGUCAGACGAUCAGGACACCGGGGACACCCUUGGUAGUGUACUCAGAGGCUUCUUCACAAUACGCAAGAAGGAGCCUGGUGGUCGACUGCCCACGUCCUCCACAUGCUUCAACCUACUCAAGCUGCCCAACUACAGCAAGAAGAGCAUCUUGCGUGACAAGCUGCGCUACGCCAUCAGUAUGAACACCGGCUUUGAGCUUUCAUAGCGCCUGUUGGAAAAAGAACAAUCAGCAGAGGAUGGCUAUGUGGAGCGGCCUGACCCAGGCGAAAGGCCCUGCUUGCCGAGAACAUUUAUAAAGUUAAAGAGGAGUCAUGAAGAACUACUCCAUUUUGUCUUAUUCUAACACCUGGAGGAUCUCCAUUUAUUCCCUUACAUUGAAAUGGGGAUGCUGAUUUUGCAGCACAAUCACAUUUUUAGCAUCUCCCUUUGCCAUACCUGAAAUCCAAGGUCAUAUAUACUGUAUAGUAUUUAACUCCAUGAACUCCAUACUUAUAGUGGCUUGGUCUUGAUUUCUCAGGCUUAACAGAAUCUUUUUCAGAUCUAACGCUCCCACUUGAAGUGAACUGGAAAGCAAUACAGAUGCAAUGCAAGCCAUUAGACAUGUGAAAACAAAGUGAUGCACUGGUAAUACUCUUACAAAUUUGGACUUUGGUAUCCAUGCAUCCUUGAGAGGGUAUCGAUUGAGUCCUGAAGUGUUUUCCAUUGAGUAAAUGUAAUUCAUCCAAGUAGAAGACACAUCAGUGUCUUAUGUUCAACCUCACCCGUCCUGUGUUGCCUACACUACAGCCCAUUUCUGGGAAAACGUUGUUGAUCUUAUUAAUUUCGAGACAGGACAGUCUUUUUUAAAAAAAUCCUUUACCAACAUGGCGUAUACUUUAAAAUUGAAGCUCUGCUUUAUAUGUGGCGAAGCACCAGAAUUUCUGCAUAUGAAAGAUCGAUGUUGUGUUUUACUUAAAAAAAAAAAAAAUUUAAAUAUUGAUGUCAUGUUUUUGCUCUUGCAUCUUUUGCGUUUGUUAUAAAAUGCCCAAAAAUGUCUCGCCACACCUCUUGUGGAUUGAGGUUUUAUACUUCAUGCUAGUAAUACAUGAACAUCACUACACCUUUUAAAUAACGCUGAGUGCCUCAUGUACCGUCAUCCUCCCCUUGCUUAGACACCUCUGACUGUAUUUCAAGUUUAACCAAUAAUGUUAUAUAUUGGAAACAAGCCAUAGAAGCGGGGACUGGGCUUAUUCUUGGAAACUCAACCAUCUACUACCACUACGACAACAACAACAGAGCCUUGAGGUUUUGACAGUGCUCCCUUUGGACCUUCAAAGCCAUGUAAUGAAGAAUUACCAGUUUUAAACAAGCCUCCUAAACAUGAUGUCAUAGACUGGAUCACCGCCUAAUGGGACUACUGCUUGAUUUCAUGUUUCUUUGGAUGGAAAUGAUGUAGAAAUGCUGUUGGGGACUUUAACUUGUAGGGCUGAGUUUCAUCUUAGUCAAGAACGAACCUGAAUAGUUCAGCUGGCAGUGAAAGGAUGUAGAAGCAAGCAUAAAAACACAACCAAAUCUGUCAUUAUGCAAAAAAAAAUCAUCUGCCAUGAAUGAGUAUGGAUCAUUUUGUCAUUAUGUAAUUACACACAGGCACUCUGGUCAGUACUACCACGUUGGCUACAAAAAUGCAAUUGUUUCACAAUAUUGAUGCAAGUCAAUGUUCGCCCCUCAAGGUACAUUACACCCUAAUGUGCCACAUAAAGCUAAUUAUUGGAUUGAAGUGUAGCAUUUUGUACUUUUUCACAGGUUCCAAAAAAGUGCACGUAUGUUCCAACUCUGUAAAAGUCAAUUGUACAAAAGCAGAACAGUUGAGGCUACCACCGCACUAACGAACCAAAACAAAGCUUUGUGAGUUUUGUGAGUGUGUUAACUUAAAAUAUAGAAUGCUGAAAUGUUGACUUUGUUUUGUUUUUUUUAAGACUUUAACACACAAAUUCUAAAUUCAUCCAACAAUGUAUUUUUGUGGUUAAAGCUCACUCAUUGAAAGUCUUUUUUUUCCAACUUGUUGAAAAUAUUUAACAAUUCUAAUAAUAUAUGAAUAGCAUAUAUGUUUGUUUAAUUAAUUUAAUUUGUUUUUGCAGGGCUACCUAACAAAAUACAAUUGCGUGCAACUAAAAAUAUGAAGUCAACAUUUUUAUUUUUAGUUUACCCCUAAAGUUACUUUUCCCCCAUCCAUUUGGAUGACCUUCAUGUGCGCACAGAAGAUCGAUUUCAAAUGAUGUCAACAGUUCUGUACUCGACUUUUAGUGCAAAAAUGCCAAUUUGAGACAUUGUCCCUUCAUAUGAGAGUUGAAUUGUCUUAAAAGUGUCUUUGCUGAUUGCACUAUGGAGUGGUAUGUGUACAAAGCGUCUUGUGUGUGUGGGAGAUAUGUAAUGUUAAAUCAUGCACACGAGUAUUAUAUAAACCACUUGCU